AUGAAAGUGAAGAGACCAGCAGUACAGGGUUGGCCCCUUGCUGACCAAGGGGGCUGGAAUAAGAAUCUCUUUGGAGAUUGGUCAACUGCUGCCUGGGUUGCUGGUGGAGCAGCUGUUGCAGUGGUCGGAGCCCCUAUUGUUGUUAGCGCAGCCGGGUUCACCGGAGCCGGAAUAGCAGCUGGAUCCGUAGGAGCUAAACUGAUGUCUGCGGCGGCGAUAGCCAAUGGAGGAGGGGUAGCGGCUGGCGGUACUGUGGCAGCUCUCCAGUCUAUUGGAGCCGCUGGAUUUACUGCUGCCGGUACUGCUGCUGUUGGAACCGUCGGAGCUGUUGCUGGCCGUGUAUCCAAAGCCAUUUGUGACAGUCCUUCAGAUGAGUCCAAAAUCCAACAGGCCGCUUGCAAGUGACACACAGUAGAAGCCAGCCAAGAUCAUAGCAAAAUAAGCUUUCUCUCUUUGGAAUGAAAGAUUAUUUACAAAACUGUGUGUAGGAUGUUAUAGCAUAUAAUUUUAGAUUAGUCUGUAUUACAAUAUCUUCUGAUUUAUGAAACAAUCUUCAUUGAGGAGUGGGUUAAAUAUUCUAAACAAGUGUCUAGAAAUGAAAUGAAAAACACUGUAAAUAUGGAGUGGAUGACUGUCAUGAAAUGUCAAGUCAUUGUUUCACACCACGUUUGUAUCCGGAGCUGGAUAUUUUCAGCCCUGUUCAAGUUUCAGUUUUCUAGCUUGUACAAUAUUUUUCACUUGGAAUGCAUUACUGCAAAGUCUGAAAGCAUCCCAUUCUAAACCUGGCUACUGGGUAAACGGAAGCUCUGUCAUAGCAUUCCAUAGAAUGUUUCACAGGGGGUUGUUAAGUGAAUCAGUAAAUAAAUUGUCAACAGGU